AUGGCUAUCGAAUCUUCGGUUUUGGGUCACCAUGUCUUCAGUUCGGGUCCUUUCAGUUCUACAACCUUUCAUGGUUCAAAUGGUUCAUAUGGUUCAAGUUAUGUAAACAAUGUUAAGUUAGUUCGUGGAACUAGCUUGAAAAUGAAGUGUCUUGGUAGUAGUGAUAGUGAAAGUGUUGUUUCCAAUUCCAAUGCUAAUUUGAAGUUCAUAGAUGAGUUUUUGGUGAAGAGUGGGAUUGUUUUGGCGGCUACUGUUUGUGGGGUGUUGGUGUUUGGCUGUCCGGAAGUUUUCGCCUCGGAAGGUCUUUCUGCGUUUUUCUCUCUCGCGGAGACAUCAAUUACUACACUUUGGCCUUGGAAGGUUCGUGAGUUGGCUGAAAAAGAGACUGAAAAUGGUGUCUUCAGACUACUCCGAAGCGAUGUUACUCGAUUCCUAACUACCAUACUUAUCGGCACAACUGUGGUAAAUAUUGCAGCGACUGCUCUGGUCACAGAAGCUGCAACUGCAGCAUUUGGCGAAGCUGGUGUUAGUGCAGCAACAGGAGUGAUGACUGUUGCCAUUUUGCUUCUCACUGAAAUCACUCCAAAGAGCAUUGCAGUUCACAAUGCCACAGAGGUGGCUCGGUUUGUGGUCAGGCCAGUGGCAUGGCUUUCUCUGGUACUGUAUCCCGUUGGAAGGAUUGUUACCCUUCUUUCAAUGGGGAUGCUUAAAUUGCUUGGCUUAAAAGGAAGUAGUGAGCCAUAUGUAACCGAAGAGGAGCUAAAACUGAUGCUAAGGGGUGCAGAAUUAAGUGGGGCAAUAGAAGAGGAAGAACAGGAUAUGAUUGAAAAUGUGUUGGAGAUAAAAGACACACAUGUCAGAGAAGUUAUGACACCUCUUGUUGAUGUUGUUGCAAUUGAUGCAAGUUCAAGCCUUGUAGAUUUUCAUCACUUGUGGGUCACACAUCAAUACUCAAGGGUACCUGUUUUUGAGCAACGUGUUGAUAAUAUUAUGGGUAUAGCGUAUGCGAUGGAUCUGCUCGAUUAUGUUCAAAAGGGCGAGACUCUAGAAAGUAUUACAGUUGGAGAUAUGGCUCACAAGCCUGCAUAUUUUGUACCUGAUUCAAUGUCUGUUUGGAAUCUUCUUAGAGAAUUUCGAAUCAGGAAGGUUCACAUGGCUGUCGUUCUUAACGAGUAUGGUGGAACUGUUGGGCUUGUAACUCUUGAAGACGUCGUUGAAGAGAUUGUUGGUGAAAUCUUUGAUGAAAAUGACUCAAAGGAAGAAAUACAGAAAAAAACUGGUUACAUAGUAAUGCGAGCCGAGGGUGUAUUUGACGUCGAUGCUAACACAUCCAUUGAUCAACUAUCUGAAGAUUUGACCAUCAAGAUGCCAGAGGGACACCAAUAUGAGACAGUAUCUGGCUUUGUAUGUGAAGCCUUUGGAUAUAUUCCAAGGACAGGAGAGAGCAUCAGGAUAGUUCUUGAAAGGGAUGAUGAAGAUGACGACGAUGAUUCCAAUGGUGACCACCAGGAACCGAAAGAGAAGAAACAUAUUUUCAAACUCGAGAUACUAGCAGGAAAUGCGAGAAAGGUGAGCGCUGUUCGGUUUGAAAGGCUUAAUAAUGGCGACGAAAUGUUGGAGACGAAAGAAGUAACACGAAUGUUCCCAAAAAUUGUAAAAAGAAAAUGGAACAGUGGCGAGGAAUCUGAAGAUGAUGCGGAAUAUGAUGGAUAUGGAUUUCCAAAGAGACGACAGGAAGACAUUUCUUGUGAAUAUGUAGUUGAUCAGGAAAAUUCUCAUAGAGAUUAA